AUGGCCAGCACUAACCCCGCAAACUUCGCCAACCUCCCUACCGAGGAAGUCCAGGCAAUCGCAGCCAAAGGCGGCCAGGCCAGCCAUGGCCCCGAGGAGGUCAUCUCCCCGACCGGCAACCUGAACCCAGGCAACUUCCAGAACCGCCCCACCGAGGAAGUCCGCGAGAUCGCAGCCAAGGGCGGUCACGCCAGCCACGGCUCCGGUACCCACACCUCGGAGGCCGGCAACGGCAAUCCCGCCAACUUUGCCAACCGGCCCAAGGAGGAAGUGCAAGAGAUUGCCGCCAAGGGCGGUCAUGCCAGCCACGCGGGUGGUUUCGCCAGCAUGGACCCCGAGAGACAGCGCGAGAUCGCGUCCGAGGGCGGCAAGGCGUCGUCCGGGUCCUUUGAGCCCGGCUCCGAGAAGGCGCGGGAGGCUGGUCGCAAGGGUGGUCUCACCGGUGGUUCUGCUUAA